AGGGAGAACGUGAGUAGGGUAGCGUGUCGGUUGAGGGGUUUGGGGUCUCGUUUCGCCCGCAACCGUCUGGGGCCGAGGCAGAGUCCGUAUCCGUGACGCGGAGAGGCUGCGGUGACCCGAGAGGCUGCCUCUCAAGAGCGCUGUCAUUUCCGCAGGCCAGGCCAGAAAGGGGAGCUAGGGCGCCUUCCAGAGUGUGAGACCCAGCGCCCCUCGCCCGCUCCCCGCAGGUUUCCGUCCCCGCCAUGGCUGAGCUGAUCCAGAAGAAGCUGCAGGGAGAAGUGGAGAAAUACCAACAGCUACAGAAGGACUUGAGUAAAUCUAUGUCAGGGCGGCAGAAGCUUGAGGCGCAGCUAACAGAAAAUAAUAUCGUGAAGGAGGAACUGGCCCUACUGGAUGGGUCCAACGUGGUCUUUAAACUUCUGGGUCCGGUGCUGGUCAAACAGGAGCUGGGGGAGGCUCGGGCCACAGUGGGGAAGAGGCUGGACUACAUUACAGCUGAAAUUAAACGAUACGAAUCCCAGCUCCGAGACCUUGAGCGGCAGUCAGAGCAACAGAGGGAGACCCUUGCUCAGCUGCAGCAGGAGUUCCAGCGGGCCCAGGCGGCAAAGGCAGGGGCUCCUGGGAAGGCCUGACCCCGUGGUGGGGGGAAGGGGAGGGGAGGGAACGAGGCAGCUCUAGGGUCUAUACCGUAGCUAAUAAAAUGUGAAAACCCCUGGCUGUUUUCUGACCAGCCACUUCUGUUGUAAUUGUCUCCAUCCAUUCCCCUGGCCCUUUCCACUGUAUAUGUACAUCACCUACAUUACUCCCUCAGGUCCAGAUUUUUGGAACUGCAAUCUUUCUAUGGCAGAGGAAUCCUUCUUUCUCGAGACUAAAAUUUGAAAUGUCUCAAACCUACUACUUGCCUGUAUGUACAACCGUUAACUCCCACUUAUCUUGGUUGGCACUCCUCUUUAGGAAAUAUGAGAAGGGCAUUUACAAUGUAACAAUUGUUGGAAAGGGCAGUUUAAUUGAAGAACUUACAGUUCUCUACCUGAGACCCCAGGGUAAACUGCGGUGAUCCUUUUUGCUAUGAUUGCUUGUCAUCCCCCAGGUAGCCCUGGCAUCCCUCUUAAUCCUUUUAAACCUCUCUCUUCCCAGAAUUUGUUUGAAGAUAGUUUAAACUGACUUAAAAUCCCAAAACAUAAUGUUUUGUGAUGUUUUAAGUUCUCCAAGUUUGUACAUUGUCCACAAAGUUGUUCUUCCAUUUCUUUGUCUUAAUUUGUUUUAGAAACUUGCAGCCAGGGGAGGUCUUCACACUGAUCACUUUAAUUGGGUGGCUGCUAGUUGACAUGGGUCUCUGACAACUGAGGAGAAAAAUUUAAGAGCAAAGAAAGGGACCAGGGGUGGAGAAAUAAGCCAUUGUGAGGAAACCAUUUUCCCCAGCAGCUCACUUUCAGCUCUUCGUGGGGAUAGAAAACACUGGGCCCCUUCUUGUUCCAUGGUGUCUGCCUUCAGCCAGCUCCCCACCCUCACUCCCAGCAGCUAGUUCCCACACACUGCAAGGACAGGGGAGUAGAAUUCAGGUAGUGUUUUGGUUUAUUAUCUUAGUGUCACAGUGACAGGAUCCCCCAGAGUAGGACAAAGAAUUCCUAGUAGAACCUGCUUUGUGCCAUCUCCUCCCCAGAGCUCAGAGCCUCUAGGCUUUUCCUCUCCCCUUACUUCUAGGCCUUUCCUUGGCCCUGGCAUGCUAGAAUAUGGCUA